GCAAGGAAAAGGGUCUAAUUAUAGUCAAUUUUAAAAUGCAUCUGUGGUUAUUUUAUUGCGUUUUAGUAUUGUUAUUUAUUUAUUUAUUAAAGAAGCCUUUAUAUCAGCACAUGGCGACAUUAAACGUGUAUACUUCAAAGAAAAAUCUACCGUUUUUUGGCGAUGCGAGAUACUUGUUUGGUGAUCCAGGGAACAUAAUGAAUAUGAUGAUGGAAACGAGUAAAGAGUGUUCUGAAAAAGGUGGUUUGACAAAAUUAUGGCAAGGGCCGUUUCUAUUUUUUUUUUGCACAGAUCCAGUAAAAGCUGAGGCGUUACUUAAACAUCAUCUAGAAAAGGAUGACAUGAUUAAAGUACUUCGCACAUUAACUGGGAACGGCUCGUUAUUCGCACCAGUGCCAAUAUGGAAGCCUCGUCGGAAAGUUAUGGUGUCGGCGCUACAUCCCAAAUUUGUUGCUAACUUCUUUAGCAUCUUUUUGAAUCGGAGCCAGAAGUUGGUCGAUGAGAUCGCACCGACUGUUUCGAGCAAAACUCCCGUCAAAAUAUGGCCUUAUUUGAACUCUUAUAAUUUUGACGUGACGUUGGAAGCUGGAAUGGGAGAGAAAGAAUUCUUACCGGAAGAUAAAGAAAUUGUCCUAAAUUCAAUGUCACAGCUAAAAGAUUAUCUAACUAAGAGGAUAUUCCAAUUUUGGCAGACACCAGAUUUUCUGUUUCGCUUUCAUCCAAACCACAUAAAAGUUGAUAGUUUAAGGAAAAUAGUUUUUUCCAUACUAGACAAGGGAGUAAAUAAGAAAACAAGUGAAGUAUUAAACGAAGACACAUUACUACAGAACAAACUAUCGAUUUUCGAUCUUUUCGUCGCGUUUUCUAGACGAGACGUGGAAUAUAAUGAAGUGGAACUUAGAGAAGAAGUCAUAACCUUGGUAUCAGCUGCUACAGACACUUGUUCGAACGUGCUUGAGUUUGUUUUGAUACUGUUGGCUAAAUACCCUGUGGUGCAGGAGAAAGUUUAUGAAGAAUUACACACGGAGUUUCAUGAACAAAACAUGUUACCCAAAACGAGGGAGGAUCUUUCAAAACUGAAAUAUUUGGAACGCGUUAUCAACGAGGCUCUAAGGCUCUAUCCACCUGCGCCAUUUGUUUUACGAAAAACGAAACGACAAACUACUUUUUCUGAUGGCAUAGUUAUACCAGAAGACGCGAGUAUUCUGGUCUCCCUCUGGGGUCUUCAUAGAAACAAAAAGCAUUGGGGACCAGACGCAGACUGUUUCGAUCCAGACCGCUUCCUGCCAGAACGCUACAGCCGUGUUCCACCGGGAUGUUUCAUACCAUUCUUGUCAGGAUCUAGAAAUUGUCCUGGUUUUGCCUUCGCCAUGAUGUCAGUAAAAACCGUCUUGUCAGUGCUACUCAAGACAUACAGAGUUAAACCAGACGCAGAAAAUGGUCCGAUACCACAGAUUAAGCUAAACUAUGACAUAACAAUUACAGCAGUGGAUAGUAAAAUAGCUUUUGAAAAGAGAUCCUUAUAACGGAGUUGGUUUAUUAUUAUCUAGUCAAUAUUAAGAUAAGUAGUCUUGAAAUGGGGAGUUUGGUUGUAAUAAUUAAGACUGUAAGGCCUAGUUUCACCACUUAUAUUUACUUAUAACCUAUUGAACAUUUUUUGACUGUGUUGUCUUAACUGAUAGAUAAAAAGCGAACAUAUUAUCCAGAAUUUGUAAAAUUAGAAAGCGGUUUGUUUAAGCUGUGACUGUUUAUUAAUAAAAAUGUGGAGGGCUGUGUCUUCUGAUUAAAUAAUUUACUUUUGGAUAUUUUUAAUCAAGUAUUCUGUUUCCUUCGAUACUCUCUGUUUAUGUUUAGUAAAGAUGACGUUUAGACAAAUUGUUAUUUAUUUUGAAGUGAAACUUCUUAAGGCGCGUUGAAAGUAAAAUUUCAAGGUCGCGUCAUGGCAUUACCGUCACGUCAUGGGGUAAAGCGAAAGUUUUAGUAUCCGAGAAUAUUUUCAAAGAAGUUUCACUUCUGACACGUGUGCUCGGCACACACGCUCUUUUUUAUAAGUUUAUAAAA